AUGAAUUUUCAGAAAUUUUUUACUUGUUAAGAUAUCUCCCACGAAAAAGAUAAUAUUUAAGGAUUUUGCUUAAAUUUUGGAUGCAUAAGUUCAAGAUCUUAGUUUUGUCUAUAAUGUGCCGCUGAUCCAAUGAAACACACUAAUUGUAGGAAAGAUCUUAAAGGAUUUGGUUAGAUUCAAUUAUUAAUGAUUAAAUUUUAAGAAUACCUUCUUAAUCUAACAACUUAAUUGAAUAAAUCAUUUGAACAAUGCAAAACUAAGUAUGAGGAGUAUUCGAAAUAAAUGGAAAAAAUGAGAAUUAAUUUAAAUUAGAAAUUUGCAGAAAUCAAAAUUAAAAAUGAAGAGUAUACAAUAUAAAUGGAAAAAAUGAAUACAUAAUUAGUUAAGUUAUCUGAAUGUUUAAUUUAAUAAGAUUAUCAAUACAUAAAAUAAAAUUUAUAAUCGGUUAAAGAAUGGUAUCAGUAUUUCUAUAAUUAAGAGGAGAUCAUUAAAUAAAAUUAAAUUGGUAUUUUCAUAGAAUAUAAUAUUUAUAGGGACUUCGUUUUAUAUUUAAUAUGACUUUUUAAUAAUAUUCACUAUAAAAAGGAUAAUAAAAGCUUUAAAUUAAAACAGAUACUAAUAAUCUUCAUAAAUCAAAAGAUUAGAACAAGAGCAAGAAAAUAUACUUUAAGAAGGUCUAAUAUUUGAUUAAUAAUAAUUUAGGAAUACAAUUAAAAUAAAUAACAAGAAAACGAAAAUCUAUACUAAAUCUGUAGAAAUGGUAAUAGGCUUAUGA